GUAAGCAGCAGCAGGAGUAGGAGAAGUAGCAGCAACAGUAGUAGUAGUAGCAUUGGUAGUAGCAGUAGUAGGAGUAGAAGCAGCAACGGCAGCAGCAGCAGGAGGAGUAGCAGCAGGAGCAGCAACAACAGCAGCAGGAGCAGGAGCAACAACAACAACAGCAACAACAACAACAGUAGCACCAGUAGCAGUAGCAGCAACAGCAGCAGUAGUAGUAGUAGCAGUAGCAGUAGCAGUAGUAGCAGGAGCAGCAGCAGUAGCAACAACAGUAGUAGUAGUAGUAGGAGGAAGAGUAGUAGUAGUAUGAGUAGUAGCAGUAGCAACAGUAGCAGCAACAACAGCAGUAGUAGUAGCAGUAGUAGAAGCAGUAACAACAGUAGGAGGAGUAGGAGAAGUAGGAGCAGUAGCAGCAAUAGUAGUAGUAGCAGCAUUGGUAGUAGUAGUAGUAGGAGUAGGAGCAGCAACGGCAGCAGUAGCAGCAGGAGUAGCAGCAUGAGCAGCAACAACAACAGUAGGAGCAGGAGCAACAACAACAGCAGCAGCAACAACAACAGUAGCACCAGUAGCAGUAGCGGCAGCAGCAGCAACAGGAGUAGUAGUAGUAGUAGCAGUAGCAGUAGCAGUAGCGGCAGCAGCAGCAGCAGGAGUAGUAGUAGUAGUAGUAGUAGCAGCAGUAGCAGUAGUAGUAGUAGUAGCAGUAGCAGUAGCAGCAGAAGCAACAACAGUAGCAGCAGGAGCAGCAGCAGUAGUAACAACAGUAGUAGUAGUAGUAGUAGGAGGAGGAGUAGUAGUAGUAUGAGUAGUAGCAGUAGCAAUAAUAGCAGCAGCAGGAGCAGAAGCAGGAGCAGUAGCAGUAGCAACAGCAGUAGUAGCAGUAGUAGAAGCAGUAACAACAGUAGGAGGAGUAGGAGAAGUAGGAGCAGUAGCAGCAACAAUAGUAGUAGUAGCAUUGGUAGUAGCAGUAGUAGGAGUAGGAGCAGCAACGACAGCAGUAGCAACAGGAGUAGCAACAACAGCAGUAGGAGCAGGAGCAACAACAACAGCAACAACAACAACAGCAACAGUAGCACCAGUAGCAGUAGCAACAGCAGCAGCAGCAGCAGGAGUAGUAGUAGCAGUAGCAGUAGUAGCAGUAGCAGUAGUAGCAGGAGCAGCAGCAGUAGCAACAACAAUAGUAGUAGUAGGAGGAGGAUGAGUAGUAGUAGUAUGAGUAGUAGCAGUAGCAACAGUAGCAGUAGCAACAGUAGCAGUAGUAGGAGCAGUAGUAGCAGCAAUAGGAGCAGUAGCAGCAGCAAUAGUAGUAGUAAUAGCAGUAGUAGUAGCAGUAGUAGGAGGAGGAGGAGCAGUAGGAGGAGCAGUCGUAGAAGUAGUAGGAGCAGUAGGUGUAGUAGUAGUAGCAGCAGCAACAACAGUAGUAGGAGCAGUAGUAGCAACAGUAAUAGCAGUAGCAGUAGUAGCAGCAGUAGUAGUAGCAGCAACAGUAGUAGUAGUAGUAGUAGUAGUAGCAGUAGUAGCAGGAGCAGGAGCAGUAGUAGUAACAAUAGCAGUAGCAGUAGCAGUAGCAGUAGUAGUAGUAGAAUUCUCUUGAUCACUUCAAUUUGUAAUUUGAUAUGA